GCGCGCACGUGAGAGAGAGCGUGAGGCAGGGGAGGGGCAGAGAGAGAGGGAGAGACACAGAAUCUGAAACAGGCUCCAGGCUCUGAGCUGUCAGCACAGAGCCCGACAUGGGACUUGAACUCAGAAACCACGAGAUCAUGACCUGAGCCAAAGUCGGACGCCCCACCGACUGAGCCGCCAGGUGGCCCGAUCCUGGGAUUUUAUCCUUCGUUUCCUCAGCGUAGCGUAUCACACAGACGUACUUGCGGAUGUUGAGCCAUCCUUGCAUCCCUGGAAUAAAUCCCACUUGAUUGUGGUAUAUGCACCUUUUAACGUAUUGUUGAAUUCACUUUGCUCACGUUUGAUGAGAAUUUUUGGAUCUCUGUGCAUCAAGAAUAUUGGUUUGUAAUUUUCUUUUUUGGUGGGGUCUUCGUCUGAUUUUGAAAUCAGAUCGCUAAAAAUACAUACACCACUGUGUAGGUCCAGUAGUUGUUAACAUUUUGAUAUGUUUUGUCUUUCUCUUUUUCAUAAUCCAUCUCUGAGAUAUUUCAUCAACAUUUCUCAAACCUGAGAAUGUUCUCUUGUCAAACCAACCUAACAAAAGCAAUAACAGUUCUCAAAUAUUCUCUAAUAUUUAGUCUGUAUUAAAGUUUAGUUUUUCCGAAGAGUUUGGGAGCUAGGAUGUGUCUGAACACGUCUGCUGUGGAUGAUUCUAGCUGGUGAAAGACUUUACAGUUGUAUUAACCUUUUGUAAUGGACCUAUAAGAGUGCACUGUGAGUACGUGGGGGUCACUAGUGAUUUCUAAUUCAGUUUCCUAAGCUUCUGUUAUUUUGUCCUUUUGAAUUUAUUAAGCCAAGUACUGUUACUGCCAGGGAGUAGGUAUCUUUUGGGUCUUGCACUGACAUUUCAUUUACUGAUCCAACGAUUAUUGAUAAUAACGUGUAACAUGUUAACCGCUUACCACAUGUUAAACGUUGCGCCUAGAAUGCAUUAAUUUAAACCUCACAAAGUUACUAUAAUAUAGUUAUCAUUAUUAUCCUUUAUAUUUAAAAAGUGAAAUGAACUGGGGAACAGAGACUUUUAGACACUUCCUCAAGGUCACACAGCAGGUCCAAGUGAGUGGCAGAUGUGGGUUUUGAUCUUGGGUCGUCUGGCCUUGAAGCUCACGGGCUAGAAUUCCUCCCACAGCUCUGUGGUGCCCAAAAUGUGUUUGGCUCUGUGCUGGCUUGGGGGACUGAGCCGGGAGAAGGCACACGCUCGCAGAAUAUGCCCUCCAGCACACAAGUGACCAAUUAAAGAAGCGGUAAUUGUAACGUGUCAGAAUGUGUGCUGGGGUCGGCCAGGGCGUGCAGAGAGCUAGGGGAGGGUCAGGUGAGGUGAGAAGGUGGGUUGGGAACUACAUGCGUGAGGCCCAGAAGUAAGUGUGUGCGCAUCUGCCCGGGAACAGAGCACGGGGUCACAGAGGGCGUCCUGGGGACAUGCGUCUGGUGACACGGACGCUCAGGCCCCUGUGGUCCCUGUCUGAGAAUUUGGGCCUCUGUGAGAGCAUGAGUGCUGUGCAGGGCGCGGGUCUGCAUCUGGGAUGUGGACUUGGGCUCGAGUUGGAGGGGUGUGUGGAUUCAGGAGGGAAUCGAACGCGCAGCCGGCAGGACGCCGGGGAUGUCACUGGGUGUUGGUGAGGAGGGGGCUGGAGCCCGGGGCAACCCCAUCGGGUUUCAUGGUUGGAUCCCCGCCAACGGGGGGUCGUGCUCGGCUCUAGAGUUCUGCUGCACCCCUGCGUCCCGGAAGGAGCCUCGACUUCCCUGGAAUACCGCGCCUGCUCUUGUCCACGCGGGUCAUUGCAUCCCUCCCCGCCCUUCCGGAAGCAACUACCUCCCCUGCGGGUGCCCUGCCAGUACAUGGUUUUCUGUGCGUUUCCGACUUCUGGGUUUCUCGAGCCUGCACCUGUUUCUUGUCUUUGAGACGUGAGGCUCCCGCGAGCGGCCUGGCACCUCUCAGACCCCGUUGACCGGGAGGGACUCUGGCGGAGACUGCAGGGUGCAUGGGGGUGCUUCUAGAUUCUUCUGGAUUCUUCUAGAUUCUCCUCCCCUUCCGGCUGCAGGUGUGCAGGGCUCGCUCUUUCGGGAGUCACUGCACGGCAGGGGGACUUAACCCCAGGUUCUCGGCCUGGGGCUCCAGCUUGCUCCCCGAAGCCCCUUUCCUGCAUUGUCUCAGGUGUGACAUGUGCUUCCCGGGACCCUCACUUGGGGACUGAUUUAUUCGUUGAAACGUUUGCCCACAGAGUAAAUUUAUCCCAGACGCAGCGAGUGUGAGCGUGUUGAGAAAGUCACUUCAUCUCAGCCGUGCCGUGCAGGCCCACAGAGUGUGAGGUGCGGCGGCCCUCCGUCCGGCUGUGUGUUUAGGCCUCGUGGUUCACUUACGUGAUUGCUGCCCAUUUUAUUUUCGCAACUUCUGUGCAUUGUCCUCUUAAAUCCUUCCCCGUCUCCGUUACCGUGCGUUUUUGUGUUAUGAAUACCCAAUUUUAUUUUCUUACAUAAACAUUUUACCCUUACCUGUCUGUUUUUUUUUUAAUAAAUGCGAUUCCACUUCUACAAAAUGACAUUUCAAAAAACACAUGAGGCAUUUUUAAAGAGUGGCUUCACACUGUUCUGCAGAGAAACGCACACGCAGUGAGCGAUCCGUUGGAAAUCUAUUUUAAAACCCUAAUCAGCAAGCCGUUUUUGUGCAUAAACAAUUAAAUUACACUCUCGUCUGGCAAGUUCCCAGUGACAGCCUUGGAAAAAGUUUGUAAUACGAUGACAGAACUGAUUCGUUAUGGGCGAAGGAUGUGUUCCAACAGGGCCGCGGUUUAUGCACGCGUGUGGGCCGACAUGUUGUCCUGUGUCCGCCAAAGCACAUACGUGUGUCUGCUUUCACCUCCGCCCCUUCCCUCUUCGUGUCCGCGUUGCUGGAAGACUUUAGUCGCUCUGGUCUGCGUAAAGAGCUCGCGUUUAUCUACACGUGUUGUAACACGAGGUGUCUUGGGGUUAACGCGGUGUCGUGGAGCAGUGAGAACGUCAGAUCCCAUUCGGUGCUCUCUGCCGCCCGCCAUGCUUUCCAGGUAGGAGACGCACAUCGUCCUGGGAGGUGCGUCUCCGCAGCCGGGAAGCCAAGGCCCCGUCGGAAAAUGGAGAGAUAAGACGGCGUCUGGCAGGCCUGUGCGACAGAAAGCCGUGCCCGCCCCUUCCGGGGAGCCCCUGUCGCGGAGAUGGAUCGCAGCCGAGAGGCCGAGGUGGAGCUGAGGAGGGGCUCGAGCCCCGGCAGGGCCAGCAGGAGCCCCGAAGUGGACGGGGACAAGGCCAUGAGCCACAGCUGCUGCAUCUGUGGCAAAAGCUUCCCCUUCCAGAGCUCCCUCUCACAGCACAUGCGCAAGCACACGGGGGAGAAGCCCUACAAGUGUCCCUACUGUGACCACAGGGCCUCGCAGAAGGGCAACCUGAAGAUCCACAUUCGCAGCCACCGCACAGGCACGCUGGUCCAGGGCCACGAGCCGGAGGCUGGCGAGCUGCGGGUGUCUGAGGGCCUGGAUGGGUGCACCAGUCCCACGAAGAGCACCUCCGCCUGCAACAGGAUCCUGAACGGGGCCACCCAGGUGGACAACAGCAAGAUCCUGCUGAGGAGCAGCAAGAAGGAGGCGGAGGGCGCCGCGGGCGCCCCGGGGGAGGGCCAGGCCGCAGCCCAGUGCUCCUUCUGCAAGUGCAAGUUUGAGCACAGGAAGGACCUGGAGAACCACGUGCACCAGGCUCACAAGCCCUUCCGGUGCCGGCUGUGCAGCUACGUGACCCUCCGGGAGGAGUCCCUGCUGAGCCACAUCGAGAAGGACCACAUCACCGCGCAGGUGCCCAGCGGUGCCGAGGCGGACGCGGAGCACGGCAAGCCCGAGCUGACCCCCGGGGAGUUCCCCUGCGAGGUGUGCGGCCAGGCCUUCAGCCAGACCUGGUUCCUGAAGGCUCACAUGAAGAAGCACAGAGGCUCCUUCGACCACGGCUGCCACAUCUGUGGCCGGAGAUUCAAAGAGCCGUGGUUCCUCAAGAACCACAUGAAGGCGCACGGCCCCAAGACGGGGAGCAAGAACAAGCCCAGGAGCGAGCUGGACCCCGUCGCCACCAUCAACAACGUGGUGCAGGAGGAGAUGAUCGUGGCUGGCCUGUCCCUCUACGAAGUCUGCACCAAGUGCGGGAACCUGUUUACAAACCUGGACAGCUUGAACGCGCACAACGCCAUCCACCGCCGGGUGGAGGCCGGUCGGACGCGGGCUCCGGCCGGGGAGGGCGCCGUGGUGCAGGGCGGCUCCCCGGACUCCCAGCAGCUCUUCCUUCAGUGCCUGAACCUGCGGCCCACGGUGGCCGGCGCGCCCGCCCGCGGGCAGGCCGGGCGGCGCGUGGCCGAGCUGGACCCGGUCAACAGCUACCAGGCCUGGCAGCUGGCCACCCGGGGCAAGGUGGCCGAGCCGGCCGAGUACCUCAAGUACGGCGCGUGGGACGAGGCGCUGGCCGGGGACGUGGCCUUCGACAAGGAGCGGCGCGAGUACAUCCUGGUUAGCCAGGAGAAGCGCAAGCGCGAGCCCGAGGCGGGCGCGCAGGGGCCCCCGCGCAAGCGGGCGGGCGCGCCCGGGGACCCCGCGCCCGGGCCCCUGGACGCCCGGCCGGCCGCGCGCCCCAGCCGCCGCGCCGCCGUCCCCGCCGGCCACGGCAAGUCCUCCGAGUGCUUCGAGUGCGGCAAGAUCUUCCGCACCUACCACCAGAUGGUGCUGCACUCCCGGGUGCACCGCCGCGCGCGCAGGGACCGCGACGGCCCCGGGGAGCGCGCGCCCCGUGCGCGCUGCGGCUCGCUCAGCGAGGGCGACUCGGCCUCGCAGCCCAGCAGCCCGGGCUCGGCCUGUGGUGCCGCCGCCGACUCCCCGGGCUCGGGCCUGGCCGACGAGGCUGCGGACGAGAGCGGAGAGGACGGUGCGGUCGACCCUGCUCCAGGGGGAAAGCCUCACCGCUGCUGCUUUUCCGAAGAGGUAGCUUCGACUGUGCUCUCCAACGGAGACCGGACUCACACACCUGGAAGUAAGGCAUCAGAGACACAUAGCGGUGAGCCCGGAGCGGGGAGCGCAGCUUCUGUGUCCGCACUUGGAAACAGGAGCAGAGAUGCCUGCAAGAGAGCAGAGCAGCCGAGGUUUUCUGUGGAUUUAAAGAUGCCCGCGUUUCACCCAAAGCGGGAGGUCCCCACCCCCAGGGACACUGCAGACUUCCCUUCGCUUUCGGACCAGACUUUUCCAGAAGGAGAUCCGCAGCUCUCGUCCGAGAGCCCGGCUCACCACCCGAAAGACAAGCUGUCUGACUUGCACACUAAGGAACACGCUGGGGGCGGACGGAGGGGGCCGGCCGCAGACCUGACCCCGCUGGACCUCAGUGACAGGUCGACCCGGGAUGACCCCGGCCGUAAGGAGCUGGCCUCCUCCCUGCAGGCCGCGCUGGCCGUCCACCCGUGCCCUUACUGCAGCCACAAGACGUACUACCCCGAGGUCCUGUGGAUGCACAAACGUAUCUGGCACAAGGUCAGCUGCAGCUCCGUGACCCCCCAGUGGAUUCCUCCCAACGGUUACAAGAGCAUCAGGAACAACUUGGUUUUCCUUGCCCGGAGCGGACGCACGGGGCCCCCGCCUGCCCUCGGGGGCAAAGAGUGCCAGCCCCUGCCCAUCGCUCGGUUCACACGCACUCAGGUACCGGGAGGGGCGCCGGGGCCCAGAGGCGGUUCCUCGCCCCUGGGCGUGACCACGAAAGCCGCUCACCUGCCUAAGAGCAAGGACGGCCACUCCGGGGGCCCCUGUGCGCUUUGGGUGGCCGGACCCGAAGGGCACCGACAGGCCAGGCCUGGCCACCACGGCCCCGAGCAGCACGGCGCCCCCACGCAGCUGCCCCUGCCCAAGCCCAGGCAGGAGGCCGGCCCCCGGCCGGGGCCCGUGGCGGGCGGCGGUGGCUUCAGCCGAAGCGCCACCCCGACGCCCUCAGUCAUCGCCCGGGCAGGCGCCCAGCCCCCCACCGGCAGCAGGCCGGGGGACAAGUGCGGCAUCCCCCCCGCGGGGGCCGGCCUUGGUCCCCCAAAUAAGCACAGUGCCCCGGACCCCCCGAAAGCCAAAUUCGGCCCUCAGCCUCAGGGCCAGCUGCACGUGAAAGGUGACGGGACCCCCGCUCUACCUCCCCGCGAGCCCCCCUCCAAGGCGGGCCAGGAGCUGCGGCCACCGGCCAGCUGUGGAGCGGGCCCCGGGGGGACCGCGGCCUCGCCGGGCCAGCCCCCGCUGCACACCAGCAAGCAGGAGCCCGCGUCCGACGGCCACGAGAAGCGCCUGGACAUCCUCAAUAUCUUUAAGACGUACAUUCCAAAGGACUUUGCUUCCCUCUACCAGAGCUGGGGUGCCAACGGCCCUGCACUAGAGCACAGAGGGACGCUCCGGACGCAGGCCCGCCAGGGAGACUUCGCGUGCGCGGAGCGUGGGAUGUGCUUCCAGCAGCCCGGUCACCUCAGGGCCCCCACGCGGACCCACACGGUGGUGUUUGCGCCUAACGGUCCCCGAAGUGCUGAAGCCCACGCCCCCUCCGCAGACACCCCCAAACAAGGGAGAGACCGUUCUAACCCAGAUACCGUCCAGACAGUGCCUCUCGGAAAGGGAACCUAAGGACGCGUUUCCAGUGGACCCCGGUGCCCCGUGACCGCCGUGAGCAGUCCCCUGGUGGAUGACCGACAGUGACCCCGACCGCCCCGCCGAGGACAGCCACCGGACUCCCGACCGGACGCCGCACAGCCCGCAGCGGCCGCGCGGCCCUGGAGGCCGACGGGAGGCGCCUGUCCUUGAGCGACCUUGAAGGAUAGACGAGGACGGGCCUCCCUGCAGUGACGCGUGCCUGCUCUCUGCGCACACGUGUGCUGUCCGCCCCAGGCCCGUAUUUUCCUAGACCAGACGGUGGUGGCGGCGGGCACGCUGGGGCACGGGCGUCCGCGUCAGAGACACUGGAGGGGGACUCGUGUGCGCGUGGCAGAGACCGAAGAGGCCGAGCGCCGCGUCGAGGCGGCCGGUGCUCGCGGGGCGGGGGGGACUGGCGGGUGACGCGCGGACGCGCGGUGGCCGAGCGGAGGCCGGCGAAGCCGUGGCGCCGCAGCCUGGCCUUGUCGCGGCGGGUGUUUAAAGUAGUCCGCGGAGGACAGGAAGGAGGUGGCGCCGGGGACGGCGGGGCCCGUGACGAGGGCCUGACUGUCCGGCGGCCUUGGGGGGCCCGUGCGCGUUACCCCGUUGGCUCUUUCCGUCCCUCCCAUCCCUUGUGCUCGGCCAGCCCGCGGAGGAAACACAUCUGUGGGAGGAUGUACGUUCUGCUUCGGCAAAGAGCUAGUUAAACACUAAGAAAAGCAGGCUUCUUUGUUUAUUCUCAGGACCUUUUUGUAACAGGGCUACACUCUGUAAACUGCUCACGAAGGAACUGCCUGUCUUCACGAAUUCUCCAGCCACUGAACCCCCCCCCCCCCCCCCCCCCCCCCCGAUCUACACCCGUUUUAGUGAUGGCAGGAGAAUCCCUGAGCAGCUUUGGGGGCCCUGGUGCUCUGGAACCUUCUUUUCCCCCUCCCUCCCCUUCCCGUCUGUCCCUACACCAGCCCAGCAAGUCGGUGUCUUUUCUUCUUGGGCCCGGGGCCCUCCUCAGGAUGAGUUCCUUCAUUCCCAGAACGUGGAGGUCCCCAGGCCCGUGGGUGGGGGCGGCUUUAUAUACCUCUUCCUCAGUCCCGCAAAUGCAAGUUUUUGUGGUGGGGGUUAAGGCCCGUAACAAAGGAUCUUAAACCGUGCAGUGUAUGCAGUUAAAAUUGUAUUCCACAGAUAUAAAUAUUUUCUUUUCCUGUUACCGUGACACUGUGUGUGAUGGUAAUAUUUCUGAGAGUUUCAGAUUUUUGCACAUAUGAUUUUAUGCAUUAUCAAAAGUUACUGCUGCCUUGAAUGAAAAUGUUCUGUGAAAUUUUUUGCAAAAGCUUUACUAGGUUUUUUUUAAUUGUGAAAUUUUGUAAAGGCAGGAAAUGGAUUAAAAACAAGCAUGCUAAAUAUAUUUUUCAAAAAAGCAAUAAUUUUACAUGUACAGAAAUUAUCCUAACCUUUAAUACUGGUGAGAGCGACAGUUUACUUAAUACAGUAAUGGAUUCGUGCAGUUUUUUGUAGGAAACGGGCUUCUGAUACAAAGAUUUGUUGAAACGCGUGCGCGCGCACAUACACAAACCCUGACGUGUGGUUUUCCUGUUCUGAUGAUUUGUUGAAUUAUUAUAUUAUUAUUAUUGUUGAUGUUGUUAUUAGUUAAUGUUUGGUUCUGGAUUCUACUUGUUAUUGAGUUUAAAUUACUUGACGGUUCAGGUUACCUUGUGACACUUGCAGAUCAUGGAACGUAACUGGCUAGCUCACAUACACACGUGUGUGCACACACACGCGUGUAUACACGUGUAUGUGUAUACAGGUGCACGUGUGUGUGUGUAUAUGUAACUUUCUUACUUAUUUUUUCCUGAUGAUUCUUGCACCAGAAUGAUCUGUUGUGUUGGUGUAAUUGGGAUGUCCAUGCAGAUACCGUUACGCAGCUGGAAUAGACCGUUCUGUAAAGUCGUUUUGAGCAAAGUUGCAGCGACACAUUCCUCUGUUCACCUUGGAAGGCAAAAUGCCUUUUUGUUGACUUAUGUUUGAUCACUUUGAUAGCCUGGGUCCCCAAAGCGAUCAAUUCUGCAUUUCGUUUUCUUGGCUGAACGUGAGCAGUGACGGUUCAGGAAUGCACAGGGGCUAGUGACUCACUCCUGUCUGUCUCUCUGUGUCCUAGUUAUUAAAAGCAACUCUGUUCCCAAAGUGACACGGGAGGAAGUGUCGUGUCCAUUCUUACUGUCCCAGAAGCGGCACGCCGGGGCCCAGCUGGCAUUCGGAGCUGGAGGGACCCUCCCGGGAGCCGGCUUCCCGGGGGCGCCCGGUGGAGAGAGGGGCGCGUGCCUGGGGCCCCGUUGAAGAACGCGCAGCCAAGUCAGCUGACAGAACUGUGCGUGCGUAGAGUGCAGACGUAGGUUUCACGUGACUACACAGACGUCUAGGACCCUCCGAGGAAGCCGCCCUCCAAGGCAGGCGCACCGUUCUCGGGCCUGACUGUGGUUUCUUUCUUCCACUGGUCAUCAGUAUUGUGUUGGUUUGUUAAUGCGUUUAUGUCAGUUUGGCCAUAGUAUUUAAUAUGAUUUGUGUUUUCUUAUUUAUUUAGCCAAUAUGUUUUGAUUCGCUGUUUUUCGAAUGAUAAUUUCCGCAUGAUCUCUCCUGUAGGUCACCUUCUGACUGUUACAGACUUCUACUACCUCUACCGAUCUGCUGUUUCCUUGUUUCUCAACAGGAUUUUUACAGUGUUGGCGUCUAAUGUAACUUAGACAAUAAAGGGUUUGGUUGUCUACACUGCAGCUUCUCGGUGUAUCUCCCCACCCCCGCCUGCGCUCUCGCUGCUCCCGGCGCGGCUCUGUCCGUCUGGCUCUCCUCCUUGCCCUCUCCUGCUCCCCGCUCACGUCUCUUACCCGUUGCUGAACUCAAAUAACACAUAAAUAAUAAUGAGCUUAUAGGCAUCUUUCAGGUUAUUCACUCAUAUUCCUUAAUUUGAAGAAUGAACAUGUAAAUUCUCUGAAAAGUCGGCGGGCAAGCCUCUUCUCUGGAAGACGGUCCCCUCUUGUGCCAUUUCCCUGCCCGGUUUUCGAAGGUCUCUUGGCAUCUCAGACGGAUAUGUUGCACCUUGGUCUAAACACAGUACAAAUGUUCAAGGCAAGUAGAUUUUGCCUUUUCAGUUUUGAAAAGUAUUAAGUGCUUUGAGAGGUCCCUCCGAUAUUGACUCAUUUAGUUUUUAAACCAAGAAAGACACUGGUUUCCUGCAAAGAAGGUACUCUAGGAAGUCACUCUGGCUGAUAAUUAAACGUGGCCGCUGGGUCAGGUCAAGCGAUGUCAAUUUUGACCAGUGUGUCAAGAGCCAUCUUCAGACUUGGCCACUCUGUCACGGGUUAUGUAACGUUCUAGAAACAUCUAUGUAAGGGGACACACACACACACACACACACACACAGAUAUAGUGACUUAGCACUCGGUUAGGAUGGCUGUAGUGUGGAAUGUGGAAGUAACAGGUGUCUCUCUGGUGUUUCCCAGGGAGCUGGCUCAGGGAACUGUUUGUUCUUCCCACUGAGAGAGAGAGAGAGAGAGAGAGAGAGGGAGUAGCUCACAGGGUAAAUACUGCACUUUCUGUGGAAAGUGACAGCGCUUGUCCAUCUGUGCCCGAGGAUACUACACCCCCUGGAUUCUCAUGGCCACGUUCUCCUCACCAGUAGUCCUGCUUCAACGCAAAACAAGCCAUCGCCCGCCAAGCCCUGAGAGGCUUCCGUCAUGUACAGAAAGGAGGGACUGUAUUUGCCCAACUUUACCUUCCCACUUUGCAGACGAAGGAGCGUAUGCUGUUUUACUGCUUUUAACUUUGGCGAGUUCUAAUUGCAGAACGUUUUGUUCACUGAGAGAAAAAAAAAAAAUCACAGGCCAGGACGUGGAGAGGUGGUUUAAGUGCCCUCCAGAGCCCCCCGUGGGCCUGCGUGACGGGACUGAGGGAGGCUGUUCAUUCUUCAUCAACUUCGCUAAUUAGGCUUUGAGGCAGUAAAAUGCAAGAGACCGCAGAAUUUGUAUUUCUUUUUUUAAAUACAAUUUAUAACAUUAUAUUUUGUACUCUUUAUAUUAGAAUUUGUAACUAGAUUGAUGUAUUUAACUCUAUUUCUGAAAAAAAAUAAUUCAGUGUGUCAGUUAUGUGAUAAAAAUAUUUAGAUAAAACAUAUUCAUUCUAUUGGAAUUUGAAAUCAAUAAAAAGAUCUUGGAGUUCUUGA